GCGUCGUUUCGUCCCAAUCCCAUCGCUCAACGCUGCGACAACAUCUCAAAAGAAAAAAAAAACGCUGCGACCAAGCGAGGCAGUUCCGCGCCGCCGCCGGCUCCCCCGCCGCGCACCCCUCCCGCAGCCUUCCCCGCUGCAUACCCCUCCCGUUCCCGCGCUCCCCCAUCUCCAGCAGCAGCCGCGUCCGGUGCCCGCCUCCCACUAGCAAACGUGCCGACGGCGAUCUGGCCACUCCGCCCCUGCCGGUUGACCAUCGGCGUCGUCCUUCCCAAGCAGCAGAAACGAGCGGAGCCCGCCUCUCCAUCCACAGACCCACGGCGACAACGAGCUGGCCGCUCCGCCCCCGCCGGUUGACCGUCGACCUCGAGCUUUUCCUUCCAACGAGCUCGUCCUCCACGCCAGACGUGUGUGGUAUGGCCGGCCCGACCAGUGCACGCAUCAGCUCGAGGCAUCCUCUGUCUGUUCCGCAGUCAUAUUCAGUUCGAUCAUCACAGGGUUCACAGUUAGCGCUAAGAGCUGCAAAUCCAUUGUUCCCUUGUGUCAAACUCUCCAAAGCUCGUGCUGUUGUGGCAGCAGCAAUGGAGGUCUCCAAGGCUUCUCUUGGUUUAGCCAACCGCCAGCCAUCCAAAGAUGUUCUUGAGACAUGGCGCAAUGCUGAUGCGGUGUGCUUCGAUGUGGAUAGCACUGUGUGCUUGGAUGAGGGAAUUGAUGAACUUGCUGAUUUCUGCGGGGCUGGGCAGGCAGUUGCUGAGUGGACGGCAAAGGCAAUGACAGGGACUGUUCCAUUUGAAGAGGCUCUAUCUGCCAGGAUCUCCUUAAUCAAGCCAUCUUUGUCCCAAGUUGAGGACUGUUUGGAGAAGAGGCCACCCAGGAUUUCUCCUGGAAUUGCUGAUUUGAUUAAGAAGUUAAAAGCUAAUAAUAUUGAAGUAUUCCUUGUGUCAGGAGGUUUCCGACAAAUGAUCAAGCCUGUGGCAUUUGAGCUUGGUAUUCCUACGGAAAACAUCAGAGCAAACCAACUGCUAUUUGGAACAUCUGGAGAGAGUGCUGGUUUUGAUCCCACAGAGCCCACUUCUCGAAGUGGGGGUAAAGCAGUAGCAGUGCAACAAAUAAGACAGGAUCGUGGUUACAAGACAGUCAUCAUGAUUGGAGAUGGUGCAACUGAUCUCGAGGCUCGGCAACCCGGUGGAGCAGUCUUGUUCAUCUGUUAUGCCGGUGUGCAGAUGAGAGAAGCAGUUGCAGCAAAAGCUGACUGGACUGUCUUUGAUUUUCAAGAGCUAAUUGCCGAGUUGCCAUAGUUUUAAUUCCCAAUAGUAAUCAUUCACUAUUCGUAGUGACAGAUAAUUGCAUGUGCUUUGCAAAUCUUGUGUUUAGCUAUAUUGCUUAGAUAUUUCACAUUGCCAUCGUUUCUUUCAUGAGAUGGUGCUGGAGCUGUACCUCAAAUUCAAUGGUCGUGUUUUUUCCUCCUUUUUCAAACCUGGUGGUAUUGUAUUUGACAUUGAAACCUCAUGGUUAUGUGUUGACAUGGAAAUCUUAUGGUUAUGGGUUGAUAUUGCUAA